CCACCAUCGGUUCAGGUCAGAACGGGACCAACGCUUCUCUGCUAUAUCUCAAACUUAAUCUGUCAAACUGUUUGUCAACGACUUUUGUUAAAAUGUAAGGAAUUAAAGUUAUAAUUUGGGUUGUGACAAUAGCAGCACGACGCUGGAGCUAAUGCUAAAGCUAGCAAACAGCGGUUUGGCUAGUGUCAACCGACUGCAGGACUUCUCGAGAAGGAUGGACGUGUGAGGUUUUGUUGCAGUCAGCUUUCAUCUGCAGCUGUGACGGAGCUGUGAAAGGCCAUGAUGUCACACAUCAGGAGGACGUUGUCUCUUUUAAGAGGCUGCUCAGGUGUUUCCAGGUGUCAAACCAGCAACCAGCCAGCUCGGACCAGCUCCACCUCCAGCAGCGGCCUGGUCAUGGCCUCCGACAGCAGUAAGAUAGGGCUGGUCCUCCAGUCCCAAUCCACCGAUGUAUACCAGAAUCUGGCUCUGGAGGACUGGAUUGAUGCCAAUAUAGACCUGGAGCAGCGCAGCAUCCUGCUACUGUGGAGGAACAGGCCGGCCGUGGUCAUCGGGCGCCAUCAGAACCCCUGGACCGAGUGCAACCUGUCAGCCAUGAGGACGGCGGGAAUCCCUCUGGCCCGCAGGCGAAGUGGCGGCGGGACCGUCUUCCACGACCUCGGGAACCUCAACCUGACCUUCUUCACCUCCAAGAAGGCGUACGACCGGCAGAGGAACCUGAAGGUCAUCACAGAGGCUCUGAGGCGGCUCCGGCCGGGACUGGACGUCCAGGCCACCGACAGAUUUGACAUUUUACUGAACGGACACUUCAAGAUCUCAGGCAGUGCGUCCAGACUGAGCAGGAAGUCGUCCUACCAUCACUGCACGCUGCUUCACUCUGCUGACCGCUCCGCCCUUGCCGCCGUGCUCUGCCACUCUUGCCCAGGUAUCUAUAGUAAUGCCACACCCAGCGUCCCUUCACCUGUCGCCAACCUGGUGGACCACGCCCCCACGCUGCAGUGGGAGGAGCUGCUGGACGCACUGGUGCACCAAUACAAUGCAGAGUUCAGCUUCAACGCUGCAUCAACCCUCGUCAACCCAGCUGAUGAUUCAGCGUUUCCUGGACUCGGCCGGGCGGCGGCGGAGCUGCGUGGCUGGGACUGGACAUUCGGUAAAACGCCCAAAUUCAGCGUCCAGACCCUACUGGACCUAACGGACGAUCGAUUGUCUGCUCGCAGCUCCGCCCAGCUGCGCAUGGAGGUAAAGAAUGGCGUGAUCGAAAGCUGCGAGCUGGACGUUCCUGUGGAUUGGCUUCCUCAGCGACUGAGCGCCGAGCUGAGCGGCGUGCUGGCCGGUGAGAGGUUUUGUAGGCAUCGAGCAGCGGCGGCUGUUGUUGAGCUGCUGCGGUCUGAGAGCGGCGAGCUGCAGAACAGACUGCACAACCUGUGUGACGCUGUGGUGUCUGUGAUGGGCUGAAAAGAAACCGAUGAAAUGAAACAACACGAGCUGUCGGGACAAUUUAUUGACAAACAGAAAAUAAAGUGCUGCUACUCCCCCUAGAGGCUGUAGGGUUAAUUACAGCCAUGAUGUGAGAGUUGACCUUUGUUCAGUAGAUCAUUUAAAAAAAAAAAAAAAAUCUAAGCCAUAGCGCCCCCCAGCACAA